AUGAACGCUACCAAACGAAAGUUCAACGCCCUUAUCCAGGGUAUGGGCAGAUCCUCCGCAUCUACGAAAUCGAACGACACUACGAGCUUGCCCUCCGAAUCCCCUCGUCCAUCGACGACUUCCCUCCAGCCCUCCAACACGAAUUCCACAAACACGAACACAACGGCCGAUACCUCUGCAAAACCGAGCAUGUCGAUUGAAGAGGACAUCUUGUUGAAGCGACGGCGCCUGCAAGCACUGACAGAGAAGAAUGCCGCUACAAUCAACAGCUCCCCUUCGAUUCGUGCCACGGGAGCAGGUGCAUCGACGACCUUCUCCAACGUGUCGCUGAAGAAGUGGGUUCCAAGGUCUGCCAACGUGACGGAAGUCAAGCACGCCCCGAAAUUUGCACCUAGCGACCGGAACGAGCUCCUGAAGAGACUAGCAUCGUUCCAGGAGAUCACGGACUGGACACCAAAACCCGAUGCAGUGAACGAGGUCGAAUGGGCGAAGAGAGGAUGGGUAUGCCAGGGCAAGGAUCGUGUGCGGUGCACGCUCUGUAAUAAGGAGCUCGUUGUGAAGCUGAACAAACGCGAAGUCGAUGGCAAGGAGGUACCUGUCCUUGUGGCGUCGGAUGUCGCAGAGGAAGCGCUAGUAGAAAAAUACUCCGAUCUCAUUGUCACGGCACAUCUAGAGGAAUGCUUGUGGAGAAAACAGGGGUGUGAUAAUUCGCUACUCCGGCUAUCUCUAACGAAUGCCAAAAUCAGCAUGGAGGCUUUGCGGACACGCUACGAUGAGCUCUGUGCAAGGAAACCCUUCCUUCCCUAUGAGUUCAACUUGAGGCUGCCCGAGGGUCUCAAUAUCGACAACGUUCUCACCCAGCUGCCGGAAGACUUCUUCACAAGCCCACCGCCAACCAAGGACUCUCCAGAUCCAAAGGAGCCAAACAGAGUCGCUUUGGCCCUGGCGAUGAUGGGAUGGCAGGGCCUCACGAACCCCCGAAUUGGCGCAGUGCCAAAUUCGGCAUCGUGCCACACCUGCUUGCGACGUCUCGGUCUAUGGAUGUUCAAGAGUAAAGAGGUCAGCGCCGACGGCGAGAUCCUCGUUCCCGCGCCAAUGGACCAUCUCGACCCGGCCAAAGAGCAUCGUUUCUUCUGUCCUUGGAAGAAUCCUGUGGCGCAACGUCUGGGUAGCGCCAAGCCCGGGUCAGACACGGGUCUGGCGGCUUGGAAGUUGCUGACGCAGGUGCUGAAGAAUGAUGCUUACCUUCGCGGAGCGCUCGAGGACCGGCCGAAGAAUAGGUCGACGUGGCAUAAUAGAGGCGCCUCGGUGCCUUCGACGCCGGUUCGUAGAGGCGCUGCGGCGCCGUCGACACCAGGGGGUUACGACUCACCGAGCGCUGCUACCGAGCCAGCAGGCGACGAGGACGAACAGUCGAGAGAAGCCAAGGACAAAGAACGUUGGGCGCGUCUGAGGAGGGUGAAGAGUUUGUUCGAGUCGAAGAACGCGAAGAAAAUUCGCCGGCAGCUUAGCAGGCCGGGCACGGCUCGCUCGACCGUUUCGGGUGUGGGAGGAGACAAGGAAAAGGAGAAGGAAUAA